CAUCAGGAGGAUCGUCGUCUUUCGCCCAUCGGCUUCGGCCAAAGUCACGGACGGUUAACCCAAUGACCUGGAUUGUGCCCGCCGUAUACGAACGAACGUACCGAAAUUGCAGUACGAUCGACUUGUUCAGCGAUCAGACGACGCGAAGACAAGCGAUUGUGUUUUAAGAAAAACAGUACUAUAGUGGUUCAGUCGGUGAUUUCGGUGUUUUUGGACUAUUUUGUUAACGAAACCGGUGAUGUGAGAGAUGAUUAGGUGAUAAUGCCGAACAGAUAAUAGAAGAUUUGACAUCGGAAUGACCCGCACCAAUCACCAACCAAACCGGAAAAAUGGAAAAGUUGGAUAAAAAUCACAUUAGAAUUAACUUUAUUUUAAAGUUAAUAUUCUUAUAUUUGGCUUAUACAUCGUCAGUUGAGGCUUGCGCUGAUCCAAACACAAACUCCAGUGACAUAGAUGCGGAACUAAAAACUUACGUAGAUAGUGUUUUAAAAACUGAAAAUUUUAACAUAAUACCCGGUGUGUACUUAGAAAGUUUAAAAAAUGUGACUUUAAAUAACAGCAGUUGUGAUACUGGGAGAAGUUCAGAUUCUCUGGAAAGUUUUUUUAGUAGAAGACUGGGAGAUUUUUUCGAAAAUCAUGUGGUGGCUGUAAAUUUAGAACAAACUGCGAGGUUUCUCAGCUCGAAUCCUUCUGAUCCAUCAGCGGCAGCAUCCACUGCGGCAACAGACGCAUCAGGAAAAAGCUCAUUUCUAGCUGGCUUUGGAAUGGGAAUGCUGGCUUUCUUCCUAAAGAAAAUGCUGUUGCCAGUAUUUAUAGGCGCCCAAUUUAUAAAAUCCAUAUUGAUAGCCAUGUUUUUGCCAACUAUUUUGGGUGGAGUUGGUAAACUUGUUGGAAAAGGACUAUCAACGUUCUCAGGGCUUUCUAGUGCAUCAGCAGGAAUAAAUAGGGGUCCUCAACAACAAGAAAUAGAAGACUUUGAAUUUAAGGAUGUCGAUCCUUACAAUAACGACCAAGCGCUAGAUGCCAGUUUUAAUGAUGGUGACAGUUUGGCGUUAAACACUGUUGACUCUAGUAGUACCACAUCACCAAAUAGCAGGUUCGAUUUCGCCAACAAGAGAAUCUACACCGCCCCCACCAUUAACGACAACUACUACCUGCAGCGACCCAAACACAAAACCGACUACAAAGUUUUCCAUAAAAUUCCCUCCUCCUCCCUGCUCCUCACAAGUUACGACCCCUUUUACAGCCCGAUCCUGUCCAGGCUGGACUCCAUUUUCCAACAGCUGGGCCUGGGGAACGAGAAGAGCCCAGGGACGGAGCAGUGUCGAGAGAGACUGAUCUGUAUGAUGUACGCCAAUCCGGCCAAAUACGCACCGUACAGUAAUUUGGUGUCGGCUCAGCUGAGCAGGGAAUUAAAUGAAUUAAGAAAACCAUCCUCAGACAAUCCAGACAUCCUUCGAUUCUUCAGGUACAUGAAAGCUGCUAAAGAUGGACAGGAUGGCGAAGAAUGUCUUGCUCAUGGCGGUUGUCCCUCACUAACUUCUAACCAGCAGAGUCCAGCUCUCCUUACAACUUACAACGAGAUCAAUAAACUAGUUCAAGCCAGAAAACUUCAAUAACAAGUCUUACAUGUUAUUAAUUAAAAAAAUGAUAUUUUCUUUGCUACCUUGUUAGGUGAAGUACGUAAAGCAAGCAAAAGUUUUACAAUUUUUAAAAUAUAGCCAUGCAAAGUACAUGCUCAAGAAUAUUGGUAACCUACAAAAAUUUAAAUAAAUUUGUAUUUUUUUCUGGAUGUGUAUAAUUAAGAACCACCAAAGAAUUGUGUGAAAGUGUUUAUCUCAAAAUUAAUAUAUACCAUUAAUAGAAGGAUACUUUAUUAAUUCACAAUAAACAAUUUUAUGUAAGCAGCUUUGGACUAAAACAGCAAAUCAGUUUUUUUAAGUUAUCAAAUUAUGAUUACUUGGUUUGAUACGACUUAUAUGUAAUAACAAUAAUGUGUAAGGAUUCAAAUAGGUGUUUAAUAGCAAUUAUAAUAUGUGUCCGAUAUCUAAAAGAGUAUCAAAUACAAAAAGAUUGUGUAAUGAAGGACAACUUUUAUUUUAUUUUCAAUGUCAAUUAAAGAUCAAUUAUUUGGUGUUAUUUAACAAAUUUUAUUUGAGGUAUUUUACAAUACUAGAUUAUUCCAACAAACUUCGUUUUAUUUUGUUAUUAAUAUCAAUUGUGAAUAUAUUUCGAACAAGUUGGAAUUUAUUUUCUUACUUUGAAAUUUGAAUAAAAAAAAUAAAUACAGCCUUAAAGAAUAUACAGUGAAGAGGAAUUGGUAUUUGUAUAUGUAUAAGUUAUCCUUGGUUUGAUAAUGUUUUACAAGUAAAUUUUUCAAUGUAAGUUCGCUUAUAUUCAAAAUUAAUUUCAAUAUUUUUUUAUAAAUUACUUUAGAACACAACUAUGCAUUCUAGAACUUAGUGAACUAAGUAUACCUACUAAAUAUUAAGUUUGCAACAUGUGAAUAAUCGUCUGGGUGGAUGCAAACUUCUCUUAAAAUUAAACUUUUAAACCCACUUAAGCAACAUAAUUUAAAUGUUAGAGUACAAUAUUAAGGAACUUUAUUUUAGUUAAUCCAGAUACCACAUCCACACUUCCACUCCUUCAUUAAAUAGAAAAUAUCGUUAAAUUAAUAACAUUUUAUUUUUUAUAGGAAGAAGUGAGAAUCCAAUAUAAACUAUUAAAAUAAAAAAGUAUCCUAAAUAAAAUUUAAGA